UUUACAGAUAACAGAAUUUUGCAAGGUGAUGACGACAUCGUCGCUCAAUUGUUAUGUCCCCAAGUUAUUAUCGAAGAAAGGAGCGGCAAAGUCGACGCCACUGGUGCAGGUAACUCGGACGCCGGUAAUUUAUUAACCGAUUAUAAUAUUACGGGCAUCAAAGCACGAUUUUAUUUGACUGACGAAGAGGAAAAAUUGCGUGCUGAAAUUUAUACACCCGAUAAUCCCGUACAAUACACAAAAAUACACUGUACUUCGUGUAAAGCGGGAAAUCGACAUUUAGGCAGCUCUCUCGAUUCGAUCGAUAAUAUAUUCGUUCACCCUGUAUUAAACGUGCUCAUUUGCAAAGAUUGCUUUGAUUAUUACAACGAUGGGGAUUUCGAAAAUGACAAGGACGGAACGGAGAUGUACUGUAGAUGGUGCGGUCAAGGAGGCCGAGUAUUUUGCUGCAAUACGUGCACUUUUGUUUUUUGUAUAUAUUGCGUAAGAGUAAAUCUUUCUAUGGAUGAAUAUUGCGCAAUUCGCGAUUGCGACUUCUGGAAAUGUUUCGUUUGCGAUCCCAAGCAAAUUGUAAAAUUGAAAGUGCAAUGUUACGAAUUCGUCAGUUACGUUAUCAAAGAGCUGGAUCGAAUUAAAAACAUGCCCGAUAGAGAACGCUUCCAGUCCAUCGAUCAUUCGAAAUGUUGCAAAAUCGUUCCGCGCAGAAGACUCUCUGCGCGCAUCCAGGAGGAAGAGAAAUCGAAAAUUAACGAUCCAGAUUUCUCUCCAGAUACGCCAGAUCGCAACAGACAAUCGAAAAUCCGGAAAAAAAUUACCAGAGAUCAUCACAAGGAAUUCGCCAAAAUGGCGACGAAUUAUCCAGACGUCACUUUAACCCCUUUAUCCAGAACAACUUCAAGUAUUUCUCAACUACCACAACAACCCUUGCAAGUCCAAAUUUAUCCAGAAACAUCCCAAUCAUCCAUCCAGCCUGCACACAAACCACCAUUGCAGCUACUACAAGUCCAAAACUCCUUAUCCAGACAAUCUCUUCAACCAGAACUCAUUCAAACGCAGCCGUUACAAGUCCGAAUUAACCCAACUUCACUAAUUCCCAGUUAUCCAGAAACAUCCCAAUCGUUGCAGCUACUUUCAGUCGAAACCUCGAUAUCCAGACCUUCCUCUCAUCCAGAACUCCGAUCUAAUACAGCUCCCCGAACAUCCCCCGAACCAAUGCGGGGAAAUCGAUACAAAUCUCCCUCUCCAGAGGCCCCCAAAGACCAUUUCCAGACCCAGAUCCAAAGGAAUAGAGCCUGGAAAAUGUCCAAACAAUUGACAGAUUGCAUGAUGACGACCGCCUUGGCGAAUUCCUCGUUCGCUUCGACGUUGCUGAGCGUCAGCAAAUUGCAGGGUUUUUCCGGUUUCUCGUCGAUUGAUCCAGAAGGCGACGAGAGAGAGGGGAGUUCUAUGUACGGAUCGUUGGACAAAAGUCUGGAAUUGAUGGUACAAUCGUUGGUCGAUGUUAAAACGCGAUUGGGUUCGAGCAAUUGA